CAGUCGCAUGUUAUUGUGGUCCUGCAAAAGACCACACAGGCCAAAAUUGAAGGCCGAAAAGACACGCCAGGCCGUGUUCUGAGGCCAAGUUCACGACGCCGCAGCUUUUUGCAGGUAUCAACAAUAAAUGCGCGCACCUCGCCAAGCGAACCUCCAGUCCACCAGUUCGCCUGCGAGGCACGACUCUUUUGCUGUAACCAAUACGUAGCCUCUGCCAUCAUGCAGAGUUUGAACGUACCUCUGCAGCCGGGCUCCCCGGGACUGCUGCGGAGCGGUGGUGGCAAGCGUGGCAAUUCGGGCAGCCCGGCCGGGAGGCGAGGCGCAACUGCGUUAUGCUGCCUCAUUCGUUCAACGCCAUUGCUCUUGGACAGGUCCAAGAGCAUCUACCGGUCCUACGUGUGCAAGGACCCGGAGUGCCGGUGCCAGGCCGACAACGGCGUGCACCCCAGCGGGAUCAUCCCGCCCCCACACGAGGCGCCCGAUGAGGUUGUGCAGUGCCUCAAGUGCAAGGGCGACAUGGCCGACACGCUGUUCCUGCAGGCCGACGCCACCAACCUGCGCACCGGCGCCGAGUUUGAGGUGAACAUGAUGGCGUCCAUGGCGCGCGUGCUGGUGAGCAACCCCCUGCCCACGGCCGAGUUCUACUCGGUGCUCAUCAACAUCGUGAACCAGGCGGACGGCGGCGACGGCACGGCGGAGGCCAUGACGGACGCCACCCAGCAGCUGAGCCUAAAGUAUACGGCCGGCAUCAAGCUCAACGACCUGAACGAGGUGAUGGCCGUCUACAUGCGCCGCUGGACAACAAGCCCGCUGUGUUCGCCACCCUGCACUAUGGGUACAACAUGGAGGCCGCCCGCACGGACUCCAACGCGGCCUCGGCGGCGGACAACGCCAACGUGCUGGGCCGCGGCGGCCUCACCGCUGGCGGCGCAUACGCCGCUGGCGGCGACGCCAACGGUGGGGUGCCCCGGCGGCCCCCACUCCUGCCGCGGCCGCUCAGCCCCAGGCCGCCCUCUCCGCCACGGUGCUGCGGCUGCUCUAGCUGGCGGUGCGCCUGGCAUGGUGGCGGCUGCGGCACCUGUGGCACCGGCCGUUGGUGCGGCGGCGGCGGCGGUUGUGCCCGGAGCGGCGGCAGGUGCGCAGCACGAGGACCUGCACCGCGACUCCAACGGCGACGUGCUCAUGCAGCAGGUGCAGCAGGCCCCGCCGGCUGCGUACGCGCCCCCUGCUGCCCCGGCCCUGGCCCAGCAGCGUGGCGCCAGCGAAGUGCAGCAGCCCGUGGGUGCACCGCCGCCCCGCCGCCGGCUGUUCCAGGGCGUCGCGCCGCAGAUCACCAACAACGACAUCGAGCUGCUCAGCGGUGGCAACUCCAGCGAGCUGGAGGACAGCGGUGCCUCCAAGUGAUGUGCGUGAUCUGUGAGCGGCUUUUCAAGCGGGACACGUGGCAUGUCAUUGGGGGGGGCGGGCUGGUAUUCAGGGUGCAUCUGCCUUUGGCGUUACUAGGGACUGAUCCAUUUCAAGGCGCGUGCUGCGAGUUUUGCACCUGCUUUAUAUUCACAAGUGCCCGUUGAUGACAGAUGUCUCACGCUUUGUUCUCUGCCUGUCUUGCGGCUUCCUCCAAUUGGGAACCCGGCAUAAAACAUGAUGUGCUGUAGCCAUACGACAGAUCUGCGACCAAGUGUGCUUCUGCAAUUGGCACCACGCUUGGGAGCGCAGAACCUAGGCCGGCACUUGGGUGGCAGAGUCGUGUGUGGCCGUGGCAUGCACCUGCUGUUACGUGUGCCAGCAACCGGCUGCGGUGCCUUGCCUCCGCUGUUCGGACUUGGCCUUUGCCACUCGCUCUGGGUAGCCCUGUGCUGUCUGCUGUGUAAACCGGUGUUUCA